GCCUCUCUUGUCAUGCUGGAAUCACCUUGCAACCAGACAUCAGCUAGUUCUUUCACCCUUAUGGGUAUCCCAGGACUGGAGAGGGCACACCUCUGGCUGGCAGGUCCGUUGACCUUGAUGUAUGCUAUGGCCCUUGUGGGCAACACUCUGAUUUUGACUGUGAUCUGGGUCGAAUCUACUCUGCACGAGCCCAUGUUCUACUUCCUGUGCAUUCUGGCAGUUGUCGACAUCCUCAUGGCAACCUCUGUGGCCCCCAAGAUGUUGAGCAUCUUCUGGUCAAGUGAUGGUGUCAUCUCAUUCACUGCCUGCUUUGCUCAGAUGUAUGUGGUCCAUGCAGCCACCGCUGCUGAGACAGGGCUGUUGUUAGCCAUGGCUUUUGAUCGCUAUGUGGCCAUCUGCAAACCCCUGCACUAUCAAACCAUUCUCACACCCAAUACGAUGUUGGGGAUUGGUCUGGCUAUCAUGGUGAGAGCUAUUCUGAUCAUGACUCCAUUGAGCUGGAUGGUGAUCCAACUGCCAUUCUGUGCCUCCCACGUGGUCCCCCAUUCCUACUGUGAGCACAUGGCUGUGGCCAAGUUGGCGUGUGCUGAUUAUAUGCCCAGCAGCCUUUAUAGUCUGAUUGGUUCCUCAAUUAUUGUAGGUUCUGAUGUAUCCUUUAUUGCUGCCUCUUAUACCCUGAUUUUGCAAGCAGUAUUUAGACUUUCUUCCAAGGAUGCCCAAUUCAAGGCUCUCAGCACAUGUGGCUCCCAUGUAGGGAUCAUGGUGCUCUACUAUCUCCCUGGAAUGAUAUCCCACUAUGUGGAAUGGUUUGGACAAGAUGUGGUGCCUUUGCACACUCAGGUGCUACUUGCUGAUUUUUAUUUGGUCAUUCCCCCAACUUUGAACCCUAUCAUCUAUGGUCUGAGGACCAAGCAAAUCUUAAAGCGAGUAUUAGAUAUAAUAGGAAACUGUUGGUCUAUAGUGCCAAGGCUCAAAUUGGAGAAACCCUGA